AUGAAAAUCAUCCACGAUAAAGGCUACUCACAAGAGGAAUGCGAACAGUAUCGUCGUGUUGUCUACAGUAAUACCAUACAGAGCAUGAUGGCCAUCAUACGUGCUAUGGGUCAUUUGAAAAUUGAUUUUGCGGAUCCAUCGAAAACGGAAAUCGCUCGCCAAUUCUUUACAUAUGCCUCAACAGCGGAAGAGGGUAUACUUUUGCCGGAAAUUGUGCUGCUGAUGAAGAAACUUUGGGCCGAUGCCGGUGUACAACAGUCUUUUGCGCGUUCACGUGAAUACCAACUGAACGAUUCAGCAGCUUACUAUUUGAAUUUGUUGGAUGAAAUCUCGAAACCAAAUUACAUACCAACACUGGAGGAUGUACUGCGAACUAGGGUCAAAACUACGGGUAUUGUGGAGACACAUUUCACAUGUAAAGGCAUGCAUUUCAAAAUGUUUGAUGUUGGUGGUCAACGAUCGGAACGCAAGAAAUGGAUUCACUGCUUUGAAGGUGUAACGGCAAUUAUAUUUUGUGUCGCACUAUCUGGAUACGAUUUGGUACUUGCCGAAGACGAAGAAAUGAAUCGAAUGAUUGAAUCGCUCAAACUAUUUGAUUCAAUUUGCAAUUCCAAAUGGUUUGUGGAAACAUCUAUAAUAUUGUUCUUAAAUAAAAAGGAUUUAUUCGAAGAGAAAAUUAAAAGAUCUCCACUCACUAUCUGCUUUCCGGAGUACACAGGUCCCAACACUUACGAUGAUGCUACCAACUAUAUACGCAUAAAAUUCGAAAGUCUCAACAAACGAAAGGACCAGAAAGAAAUCUAUACACAUCUGACAUGUGCAACGGACACAAACAAUGUACGCUUUGUAUUCGAUGCCGUCACCGAUGUUAUCAUUAAGAACAAUCUCAGAGAUUGUGGACUCUUCUAAGUUACAUUUAUAACUAAUUGAUAGAUAUGUUUUGCAUUUAAGUAAGUCUGCUCUAUGUAACGCGCACAAGCAUACUCGUAUAUCAUGAAUGCGCUUGUUUGUAUGUAUGUAUUUGAGUAGUGAAUUUCCUACAUACAUAUGUAUGUCAUGUAAUGGCAAUUUUCAUUACUCGAUUCAAAUGCAUCAGCCUGGCAUUCAUUAAAGCUCAUUGAUCUAAACAUUCCAUAAUAUUUUGCAAUUAGAAAUUGCUUACAGCCACUACAUAUACAUACCUAUAUGGAUUAGGUACUAUUUAAAAAUAAUUAAAGUCUUAUGUGCUGCCUGCUUGUCAAAAGAGCCACUAGAUCUACUUGUAAAUGAAGAGAUCUUUGAACGUUGUAUACAUGGAUCGGCACAUAAGUUACAGUGAGAUGAUAUGUAUGUAAUGUAAGUAUUAUAUUAGCACUACUUGGGAAUGCAAUUUCAAAUUUAUAGCUUGUGUGUAGAUAUUUUUAAGUAGAAAAAAGUCGCAAAAUUUAAUUAAUACUCCACAAGAGGUGACAAUAAUUAAUACUACUAACUCUGGUCAAAUGAAGAGUUAAGUAAAGCGUGCGAAAAGAAAUUAUUUAUUGAGUCAAAGAAAAUUACGUAUAAUUAACUAAAAAUUAUUAAGAUGCGAGUACAUUAAUUUCUUUUAUUUUUAUUAUAACUCCAGCUAGACUCCAUUUGUUUGACAAUUUUACAAGCCUUUGUAUGGAAAUAUCAAAUGAUUUUUUUAAGAAUUAAUAACGUUGUGAACUAUGGGUCUUUAAUGCAAGACAAUUUUUCAAUCAAUCGCAUUCCUGCUCCAUUCCAUACAGUUAAAAGUUUCGAAUAUCAAUAUUUUUAGCAUGAGCACUAGAUUUUUGUUUUAUUUGGAAACAAAAUAUUAAUUGGCUUAUCAUGUUUAGGUGAUGUACCUACGUGUACUUUUGCCACUGUAGUGCAGUUUGCUCUUUAAUAUUUCAUAACUAAAUAGCUAGUUUAUAUUUUUACGAUAGUAAAAAAAUUAAUUUUUUAUUUUGUAACUUUAAUAUUACUGUACAAAACACAAUAAAUAAUAUGAUAAAAACUGAAGGCGCGCA